GAUGGAGACAUAUUGUUUAAUGGUGAUCGGCGGCUUUGAAAAUAUUGGCGGAAUAAUCCUGGCGCCAAAACAGAGUGCCACGGGACUAAAUACAACUGAAGAGGCUGGAGAUAAGCCAAAUACGUAUUUCUCGAUUGUACACUGCGGCGAUUCGCCAAACUUUAUACAAAAUGCUUCAUUAAUAUCGCUGAAAGAAAAGAAUAAUGUUGAUAAAUUAUUUUUUUGUUGGUUAUGUAAACAAAUACAGAGAAAAAUUUGUUGUUGUUAUUUCAAUGCGGCAGUACGCACGGUUCAACCCCGUCCCAGAUCAACGGCUACUGGUCUGUCCAACGAAGCCUCCUUCCCCGUUUUGUUUGUGUUCAGAGAUUCAGUGAAAGCUGUUAUGAAUUUCCAUUGAGAGAAUGAACAGCAGUAUAGGUUCCUUUGUUUUGAGUAACUGUUCCUACUGCCCAAAUUACACUGACCUUGUUCAACUCGUUUAUUGUAGUUUCUAUAAAAUUAAAAAAGUACUCGGUUCAGUUCAAAACUGAAGCCUAGUCAAACGAAUAUUGAGUCGACGGCGUACUCUCGCGGGUCCAACUCUAACGGAACAUUUUUCUGCUGGAGAUUAUUAGUCACCGCGUUUAUCUGUAGUCUGAGCUGUUGAAGACCCGUUAGCACGUGAAGUCCGUUACAAUAUUACACAAUAUUUUUCUCUGUCAGCUGCUUAUAAAUUAUUUUUUUGUUGUUCUAACUUCUUGAGAGAUCGAACUUGUGCACCCGGUUCAAUCGAGUGCAUUUAAUCGAAGUUUAUAGUCAGUAAAAAAAAAGUUAUAAAGGUAAAAGGUUUGCCUUCGGUGUCUCAACAAGUGUAUUGCAAGAAAUUGCAAACUCUUGAGUACCACCUAAGCAUAAAGGAAGUGCGUUAAGAUAUGUUAGAACGUCAGGAAAAAGAGCUUGUAGUAGAUCUUCACGAAGGUCUGUGCUUUAAUGAGUUUGGCCGUGCUGUAACAAGCUUGUUAGAAGAUCUACUAUAUCGGACGUGUCAUCUCGACUUACCUGUCAAGCAUCUGAACCUCGUGCAAGACGAAUUGACGCCUCGAAAUAGAAAAGAUUUUGAAAGACUGAGGAACAUUCUUCAGUCUGUCGAACGUCUCGCGUCAUCGGGAACCCUCGCGGAGGUGGUCCUUCUGCAGGGGUCGACAGUUCCUCUGGCCCAGACAGCCACACACAUUUGUAUGCAUCCAGCGUUAUGGGAUGACAAUACCCCGCGCUGUGACUCUGCCUUACGAGAUUCGAUUAUAAAGAUUUUUCGCGCAGUUUGCGCUGCAGAUCUGCCAAGUCCAAAGUUUUCCAAGAGUUUCCUAUUCGUCCGACUCAUUCCGCGACCAUCCAUACGGACGUUCUCCUCUAGCGACCUUCCGUCGAUACGAACAGACGAAUGUGGCGAGGUGAUGUCAGCAAAUUCGGCCGGUACUCGAUUAUCGGCGACAGCCGAAGCGUUUGAUGUGGAGGGUUUCGAACGACGCGCGGGCUUGCCAGUAAGUCGCGCCAAAUGUCGUACCGUUUUCUGUCUGCGACAAGAUGGUGAGCGUAGACGAAUCAAUGAAAAUGCCGACACGUCGGAUAAGGAGAGCCCUGGUGUCUGGCUGCAGCUAAUACAACACUUGCCGACAGUGUCGUGUUCCUAAACCUGUAGGUGUACGUAGGAAAAUACAAAAAGAAAGAGAUAGAAGCAUCUCGACAAAUGCAAUUAAUAUUGAA